AAUAUCCUGGCCGCGCGAGCGCGCAAAGGGCUGAGGCGGUGCCGGGGCGGGCGCGGAGCUGGCGAGGGGACGGCGGAGGCGGUGCCGUAGGGGCCCGCUGAGGCGCGCGGGGGGUUGGCGGCGCCCGGGAGCCUGUCGCUUGCGCGAUCCCUCCGGUUCGCUGGGUCCGGGCGGGAGGCCCGACGUCAGGAGGCAGCAUGUCGGUAGCCGGGCUGAAGAAGCAGUUCUACAAGGCGAGCCAGCUGGUCAGCGAGAAGGUCGGAGGGGCUGAAGGGACCAAACUUGACGAUGACUUCAAGGAGAUGGAGAAGAAGGUGGAUGUUACCAGCAAGGCUGUGACAGAAGUGUUGGCCAGAACCAUCGAGUACCUGCAGCCCAACCCAGCCUCUCGGGCCAAGCUGACGAUGCUCAACACGGUGUCCAAGAUCCGUGGGCAGGUGAAGAACCCCGGCUACCCGCAGUCAGAAGGCCUGCUGGGCGAGUGCAUGAUCCGCCACGGGAAGGAGCUGGGUGGCGAGUCCAACUUCGGCGAUGCCCUGCUGGACGCCGGGGAGUCCAUGAAGCGCCUGGCUGAGGUGAAGGACUCCCUGGACAUAGAGGUCAAGCAGAACUUCAUCGAUCCCCUCCAGAACCUGUGUGACAAGGACCUGAAGGAGAUCCAGCACCACCUGAAGAAGCUGGAAGGCCGCCGCCUGGACUUUGACUAUAAGAAGAAGCGGCAGGGCAAGAUCCCCGACGAGGAGCUGCGUCAGGCCAUGGAGAAGUUCGAGGAGUCCAAGGAGGUGGCUGAGACCAGCAUGCACAACCUCCUGGAGACUGAUAUCGAGCAGGUGAGCCAGCUUUCCGCCCUGGUGGAUGCCCAGCUGGACUACCACCGGCAGGCCGUGCAGAUCCUGGACGAGCUGGCAGACAAGCUCAAACGAAGGAUGCGAGAAGCCUCUUCACGCCCCAAGCGGGAGUAUAAGCCCAAGCCCCGGGAGCCCUUGGACCUGGGAGAGCCUGAGCAGUCCAAUGGGGGCUUCCCCUGCGCCACGGCCCCCAAGAUCACAGCUUCAUCAUCCUUCCGGUCUUCUGACAAGCCCACCCGGACCCCCAGCAGCAGGAGCAUGCCGCCCCUGGACCAGCCAAGCUGCAAGGCCCUGUACGACUUUGAGCCUGAGAAUGACGGGGAGCUGGGCUUCCACGAGGGCGACAUCAUCACCCUGACCAACCAGAUCGACGAGAACUGGUACGAGGGCAUGCUCCAUGGCCAGUCUGGCUUCUUCCCGCUCAGCUACGUGGAGGUGCUGGUGCCACUGCCCCAGUGACAGCGUCUCGGUGACACACUGGCCCACCUGCCCCUCCGUCCAGAUCUCUGCAUUCCACAGGCCCGUGGCGAGGGCAGGGCUCGCAGCCUGCAGGGUGGCCUCCUCCCCGCCUGGACCAGGGGCAUGGGGCCCCUGUUUACACUAGCGAUCACCCCCGGUGGGGGCUCCCUUCCCCACUCCACAUGGCCAUCUUGGGGGCUGGGCAGUGUUCCUCUUCCUGCUGCUCGCUGACUGCCCCCCAGCCCCACCCAAGGGGGCUCACACUAAGGUGCUCUUAGAAACACUAACUCCUCCUGCUCCCUCCAGGGACUGGUAACGCCAGGUGGGCCCCCUUCACAUACUCGCACCCACACUGUCCUCUUGCCACCCUGUGUUCCUCCGUCUGGAGACCUGCCCUCAACAGGAUGGAACUGAACAUCUGUAUGAUGGCUGGUCUGGGUGGGACCCCUGGCUGAGACUCACCACCCUGCUUUUAAAUUGCCCCAGGAAACUCCUCCCAGGGCCCCUGAACACCUACAGAUGCCACCUACCUGGGAAGGCCUCACCCUUUCCCUCCAGGCCAGGCGCUUGGGGAGAGACGAGCCUGGGGUCCUCAGGGGCCUUCUCGGCAACACUCAGGUGGCCAUGUCUCCCUCCUGCAGGCUGCUGAGUCCCACACCCCACACUGGGCCAAGCACAACCUACCACCACCAGCACGUGCUCUCACACACACACACACACACACACGGGACCACGGGAGCCCAGCAUCCACUCUGUGGAAGGUCAAGCACAAAGGCUUUGAUAAGUGAAUGUCCCCAGGACCCCUGGGGCCCUGCAGGGAAGUCACGGGCAUCUCUUGGUCCUGAGCCAAUCACCUUACCCCUUUGGACAGUGGUCCAGGCUAUCUCCUCCAGACCAAGGUAGGCAGCUGCCCGGACCAGCAGGGCCCCAGCCCUGCACCCACUCCCUCUCUUGCCUAGUCCAAAAGCUGGCUAAACAGGGGACCCCGGGGCCUGAUUCACAUUCCCCUCCUCUGGUGACCUGGUAAAGCCCUCAAGGACACCAGGCUCUCCCUGCUCACCCCCGAGGCCCCCUGGUUGCCAGUACAUGGAGGAGGCACAGACAUCACGGCCUAGGGCAGACUGAAAUGUAAUCCUGAUUUUUUUAAAAAAAGAAGUAUUAAACGUCUCUUUCUACA